ACAGCACAAGUGAGAGCGCGGAGACAGAAAAAAGGCUGUUCACCUGCCUUUUACGCACAGACGCACAUUAUAUAACCAAGUCCGCGCACCCAGGUGUCAAGAUGAUCAAGAAAAUGUCGCCCUCCGAAAGCGAUUUUGACAUCCCAGCAAAGAACUGCUACAGGAUGGUGAUUCUGGGCUCCACCAAAGUUGGUAAAACGGCCAUCGUGUCCCGGUUCCUGAACGGGAGAUUCGAUGAGCAGUACACGCCGACUAUCGAGGACUUUCACAGGAAACUAUACAGCAUCAAGGGAGACGUUUAUCAGCUGGACAUACUGGAUACAUCGGGAAACCAUCCUUUCCCUGCUAUGAGGAGGCUUUCAAUACUGACAGGUGACGUGUUCCUCCUCGUCUUCAGCUUGGACAACCGAGACUCUUUUCAGGAGGUGCAGCGGCUCAAGCGGCAGAUCUACGAGACCAAGAUGUGCCUGAAAAACAAGAUCAAAGAAAACAUCGACGUCCCUCUGGUCAUCUGCGGGAACAAGGGUGACAGAGAGUUUCACCGGGAGGUACAGCAGGAGGAGAUCGAGCAGCUGGUGGCCGGGGACGAGAAGUGCGCGUACUUCGAGAUCUCCGCAAAGCGCAACGAGAACGUGGAUAAGAUGUUUCAGACUCUGUUUACCUUGGCCAAACUACCUCACGAAAUGAGCCCCGACCUCCACAGGAAAGUGUCAGUGCAGUACUGCGACAUGCUGCACAGAAAGUCUCUGAAAAACAAGAAGCUGAAGGACAUCGGGGAAGCGUACGGUGUGGUCACUCCGUGCGCUCGGAGACCCAGCGUGCACAGCGACCUCAUGUACAUUAAAGAAAAGGCCAUCGGAGGCGGUCAUGGCAAAGACAAAGAGAGGUGUGUGAUCAGCUAAGCAGACUUUGAGACGCAGACUCACGACAUAUUUUUGAACGGAGAAGAGCCAGGCGCGUCAUUUGCGCGGCCGGCAGCGCGCAAACUGACACCGGAGGUGUGAAGACGCCGAGGCCGCCGUGCGCUCUGGCGCAACGCCGUUUUAAAGGACACUGACUGGACGCGAGUCCGUUUAAACUACCAAAAAAGAAAAAAAAAUGUUGCCCACCAGACAUUUGAGAAUGUUAGCUUGUUCUGUCAAUCAGAGCCCAAUGUGUGACGUGCUUCAUACUUUGUGAGACUCGCGCAUAGAUGCGUAAAUGUGUUUUGUCGACGUUAAACAUUUACAGAAGGGAGAGAAAGAGACUUUUGGUGGAGGAGGUGCGGUGUUGGAGAAGUAAUGUUUACAUCUUAUAGAUUUUCUAAAGGCUCAGUACACUUGAAUGUUCCGUUGCAAUCUAGAGUAUUUUCAAUGUGAAUGUAUAUUUAUUGUCACUGUCAAAUUUUUUGCAAUAAAAAUAUA